UUUCGAGCCGAGGACUGCCACCAAGACCUGCGACACCACCCACACCUCCACCAUGACCAAAAUCAACCAAGGCAUUGCGAGCUCGCGCCGCAAGUCGCGGAAAGCUCACUUUGGUGCACCUAGCAGCGUGCGCCGCAUCAUCAUGUCGGCGCCGUUGAGCAAGGAGCUCCGUGAGAAGCACAAUGUGCGGAGCAUUCCCGUCCGAAAAGACGACGAGAUUAUGAUUGUCCGUGGAACGCACAAGGGCCGUGAGGGCAAAAUUUCUUCCGUAUACCGUCUGAAAUACUGCAUCCAUGUCAAUGGAGUGGUCCGAGAGAAGAGCAACGGUCAAUCAGUCCCAAUCCCAAUUGCCGCCUCCAAAGUCGUCGUCACAAAGCUCAAGCUAGACAAGGACCGCGAGAACAUUCUGGAGAGGAUAGGUCAGGGCCGUGAAGCGGCGAAGAAGUCGAAGGCAUAGAUGGCAGUUAGCUUUUUUUAGGUUGACGACAAUUUCAUGGCUGGGUUGCCCGGGGACAUCGGCGCGGGCUGUACCUUUUUAUCAUCGAGCGAACGGAAUGCACAACACCUCUUCACCAAUUUCGAGCUCACAACAAAGGCAUUGAAAAGUG